CAAUCAUCACCAACAACUUCCUCUUUCACUCAAGCCAACACAAACCCCUAUAAGAUCUGGAGACUAGAAGCCAGUAGAUCUAUAUUAUAAAACAUGCCAUUCCUUGAACCCAAUGACAAUUCAACUUAUGUCGUCAAGUAUAUGAACUUGAUGGGUCGCGCAGGUGUCAUCCGAGUCCUCCUUCAUUUGGCAGGCGCAAACUAUAAAAACGAAUUCAUCACUAUGGAUCAAGUCGCUGCCGACAAAUCUGCAUUCCCGUUUGGUCAUUUGCCCGUUCUAGUCGAACAUCGUACUGAUGGCACCACCUUUGAAUUGGCAGAGUCCCUCGCUAUCGAGCAUUAUCUCGCUGAAAAGUUUGGCUUACUCGGUUCAACGCCUCAGGAAGCCGCCACCUACAAAUCUGUCGCGUUCAAUAUAUACAUGGAACUCUACGUUUAUUGCUUCGCUUCCUCUAUUCCAAUCCAUGAACAGAUUGCCGACUCUGCCUCAGAAUUUAAUGUCAAAGCUCUCCCCAACUUCUUGUCCUCACAUGAGCGUUGGCUAAACAAAAAUGGCAAUAAUGGCCAUUAUUUUGGUAAUACACUCUCCUAUCCUGACCUCGUUAUGCUCAAUUGGGUCCGACUCUUGAGUAUGUUUGGUAUCAAAUUGGACGAGAAAAGCCCCAUUCGGAAAUUGGAACAGACCAUCAAGGCUUUGCCUCAAUGGAAGGGCCAAUACGAAAAGUUCCAUCCUACAAGUACAAUCGAACCUUGAUUUGUGAUGUUAAAGUCAGAGAGUUAGAAUGUCAAUCAAAAGGAAGCCUGAAUAAUAUCACAUAUCCAAGAAAAAUAGCAUUGAUAAUAAAAGUAAGG